GUUAUUUGUUAAAAGAUUUGUUUACAAAAUAACUAUGUUUAAAAGUAAAAAUAAAAUGCACCCACGAAACGUAUUUCGUACACAACCUGAUUAUAUUGCUUUAGCCAUAAAACAUAAAGAUUUUCGUAUGAUUUGCAAAUUGGAACUUAAUGGAAAAGUUAUACCUAAUUAUAAAAAUGAUAAUGCUUUACGUACGUUAACUGAAACAUUAUUGAAGGAAUAUUUUAAUUUAAAAAUUGAAAUUGCACCGGGCAACCUAAUUCCCACUGUACCAUUGCGUCUUAAUUACAUAUUGUGGUUGGAAGAUCUACUAACCAAAAUAAACGUUAAAGAUGUCAAAGGUAUCGAUAUAGGUUGCGGCUCCUCUUGCAUCUACGCUUUACUUGGUGCAAAAAAGAAUUGGCAAAUGACAGCUUUGGAAUCUAAUAGUGUUAAUUUGGAAUAUGCGAAAAAAAAUAUAGAAGCAAACAAUAUGCAACAAUUGAUUAGUUUAUUUGCGCAACCCAACAAAGAUGUAAUUUUUAAAAAUUUCUUUCAAACAUGCCCGGAUGAUAUGAAAUUCCACUUUUCUAUGUGCAAUCCACCAUUUUACAAUUCAUCUUUAUCAAAUCCAUUUAAUGGUACAACUCGUAAGAGUAAAAAACGUCCACCUCCACGUAAUUGCACGACAGGCAAUAUGGAAGAAUUAGCUUGUCCUGGUGGUGAGGUAAAAUUUGUUGAACGUAUCGUAGAAGAAAGUUUGCUGUAUUCAGAACGUAUAAUGAUAUUUAGUUCGAUGCUUGGCCAUAAAAGUAGUGUUAGCCAAGUACAGGAAAUAUUAAAGAAAAUUGAUAUAAAGCAUAUCGCAACAACCGAAUUUCAUCAAGGCAACACAACACGUUGGUGUAUUGCCUGGUCUUUUAGCGAUAAUAUGCUAUAGUAUUACACUAUCGAAUUCAUUAAUAAAAUUUUAAAAUAUAAACAAUGGGAUACGAAAUGAAAUGUAUUGGAAGUAACAGGUUACUCUGAGCUACCAAAACAACUAAGAAGUGAAGUCUGAUUCGUAAUCAGACGAAGAUAAAAAAGCUGGUACUAAUAUUGAGCCAAGAUAAUAAUUUGUUCAUUAUAAUGGAACUGAAUCUGAAGUGGAUGUGCUUGAUGGAUUGGUAGUCAAUACACCAAUGAUCACCAAAAAAAAAUUUUUCUCUAGAUGAAUUAUGGAUUAUUAAUUUUAAUAGUUAUGUAUAUAGCUAUGCAAAUCCUGGUCGACUGCAAGGACUCGGAGUAUACGCGUUUAAAAUGUGACUACUUAACAAAAAUUAUAAAUUAUUUUUCCCAGAAUGGAAAUAAUAUGUAAAUAAGAAU